AUGGGUGGCACGGACGCGAAGGACAUUCUCGGACUGCCGAAGACUCCACUGUCUUUGACUCAAGAGAAGAAAUCUCGACCCCAGAAGGAGUCCCACAGAAAACCAGAUGGCAUUUCUCGCGAGGUUUAUGCGCUUACCGGCGGCGUUGCGCCUCUCAUGCCUUCAAUUGAUGUUACCCAGCUAAAGCGCCGUCCUCCGGCAGAUGAGAAGGUCGUUUGGCAAUGGCUUCCCUUUACAAACUCUGCUCGGAAAGAUGAUUUGCAGCUUUACCAUUGGGUUAGAGUGGUUAAUGGUGUUCCACCAACAGGUGACUACUCGUUUGCCAAAUACAACAAGUCAGUUGAUAUCUUGAAAUACACAGACGAUGAGUAUGAGAAUCAUUUAACGGACCCUGUGUGGACCAAGGAAGAGACCGAUCAGUUGUUUGGAUUGUGUGAAAGGUUUGAUCUUCGCUUCACUAUAAUUGCUGAUCGCUUUCCAUUAUCACGGACUGUAGAGGAAUUGAAGGAUCGUUACUAUAGUGUAACUCGGGCCCUGUUGCGUGCUAGAGCUCAGUCUCCAGCAGAUGUUGCAAACCACCCUCUGAUGAAGGAGCCUUAUGAUCUUACACGCGACAAAGAGCGCAAACGUGCAUUGUCCAUGGUCCUUUCCCAGAGUAGACAUCAGGAGAAGAAAGAUGCUGAGAUUCUUGCUGAGGCUAAAAGAAUCACAGAGAUGCGUUUAGCCGCACGUCGUGCGGAAGAGACUGAUGUGUCUGCGAAUGAGAAUAUGGGUGUUGAUAGAGCUGAUGGGGUAGUUCCAGGGCGUAGUGUAUCUCCAUCAUCUAAUUCUCAGCUUCCUGCAACUGCUGUGGCUCCAUCAACACUAACUAUGGCAGAUUAUGCCUCCACCCUUGCUUCUCUGCGCAUGCUUCAUGUAUACUUGAGAACCUAUGGACUUGAACAAAUGGUCCAAGCUGCAAGCUCAGCUGUUGGUCUUCGAACGAUCAAGCGCGUUGAGCAGACUCUGCAAGAUCUGGGGGUAAACUUAAAGCCAAAAGUUCCUACAAAAACUGUAUGUGAUGAGCAUCUUGAGUUACGAAAAGAAAUCUUAACACUAUUGAAUCUUCAGAAGCAGCUACAAUAUAAAGAAUCAGAAGGUUCGUCACAACAGCGUGAAGGGUCAUAUGCCGCCGCGAUGCCUGAUACUCCAAAGGAUCGAGUUUUUGCAACUGACCCGUUCAGUUUUGGAGCUGAAAGACCAAUCAUCAAGAAGGAACAAAAGCGCAAGGGUCCUGGAAGACAAUCAGACACUCCUUCACCAGCUCAUAAGCGGCCCAGAAAGAUGAAAGCAUCUGAUCUCUAA